CUUUGGCCUGCUCAUUUUUGUCAUCAAGUUUUUUUUCAACAGGAAAUGUGUGAUGUUGAAUGCCCAUUCUCAAUUUUUUCUUUGAAAGAUACCACCCAUCCUCAUUUUCAAAAAUCAAAAUAAAAUUUAGAUGGCAAAACCUACAGAAGACUGAAGAUCACAUCACUGGAAUUUAAUUGCCUUUUAUGGAUCCAUUUUUGUGAAUUCAACUUCCUUUUUUAAAGGAAAUGUCUGAUUUUGAAGAACGCCUUGUGCGAAAAAAUCAAAAUAAAAUCUUGAAUGCAAACCCCUACUACGCACCCCCCACUUAAGAUUUGAACGCCAUUUUUUUUUCAGUCUGCAGAAGUAAGCAAAGAGAAAUGACAGCCUAUUAUAGCAUGUGAAGAGAUAGAGAUAGAUAGAGAAUGGAUCAUUCACUAUGGGGACACCUGCCUUUGCUGGUGAGAUCCAACUCCAAAGAAUCAGUGGAGUAUAUACUCCAGACACUCUGGCGAACUCGCAAGACUGGCCUUGACCCAACUGACAGGGCCUUCAUCCGUGAUGUGCUCCAACUCCCCAGCGACUCUGACCUCAACCCCCUAUUGGUAUGCCUUCGUAUAUUGAUACGUAGGUAUGAAGAUUUCGGCAAAGAUGAAAUCCAUAAGCUUUUUCCUCCUGAGGUUUCGCCUGAACUGCAAAGAUUGCUCACUCUUCUGCUUCAGAAGUUCCAAAGGGAGUGGAGAGAUGAUGCACGCAGAGACCAGGUUUCCUUGCCUCGCUUGAAAGCAAUGACUUGGAAUAUGGCAACUCCAAAUGCAGCAACUACAGAUCACGUCGCUGUUAUUAGUCUGAAGCUUCAAGAUGAUACACGACAGUACCCGUCAAGUGAAAGAGAGGUCAAGUUCCAAUUAGCAAAAGAUACCCUUGAUACCAUGUUGAAGUCCAUGUACCAUAUAAGGGAGCAAUUAUCAAGUAUAGGUGAACCUUUAAAUGGUCAUUUGCAAGCUAACGGAAAAUAUUACCUUGUACGUUGGGUAUUCUACUAUGCGUGGUUUCAUAAGACCAUAUCGAAGAGUCCGUUACCAUCUAAACGAAUUACUUCAGGCCUAGGAGCUCUUCAGGAAACACUAGGAGUUAUUCAACAAGCGUCAUUCCACGCUUAGAAAUGUGGUGGAGAGGACAUUUGGACUUUGGAAGGCCAAAUUUUCUGUACUCAGGAAUCAAAUGCAGUAUCCUUUACGAACACAGGUUUAUGUAGUUAUUGAAUGUGCAAUAUUGCACAACUACGUCAUAAUGCCAUGGGGAACCGAUAGCAAAAAGAGCUGCGUUUUUGACGGAGGGUUGAGAGUCAACUUGUAAUUGACAGAGAUGAUGGGUUUUUACAAUUGACUCAGGGGCACGAUCAUGAUGUUGGUGUCAGUCUGCGAGAUGCCAUGGCGACGCAGUUGUGGGAGGCCUACCUAAGUCGCUAGCACUUGUAAUUAAAAUCAUGUUCUACAUUUCAUAUAGACUUUAUUUUGUGGCCACAAAUUUUCGAGUCCUCGUCGAAUGUUGAGUCCCAUGUCAUUGUUGAAUGGGCUGGUUUUGUACAUGGUUUUCUUUAUGGAUGUAUGAAUUGCGAAUGUUCCUUUACACGCAUCACGAAUGUCUUAACAGGUAACAUAUAAAUAUUGUGUGCCAUUAUAAUCUUAGCAAGAGAGUGAGAGAGCACACAAAUGUUGUGUGCAUGACUUGUGCAUGACAUAUAUUUUUGAAUUGUGAGU